AUGGACGCCGUAGCGCACGAACGCAAGGAUGACGUCACAGAGAGUGAUAGUUCUGGGAGACGCCGCGCUGAUGACGACGAGACCACGACAACGUCUUUUCGCUACUCUACCGCCCUUGAAGGCGAGAGUGGGGACUUUAAUCUGGACGAGGAGCCCCCUUUCCCCGUAAGAUCGUAUACUGGCAGCCGGGGUGAGUUUCUUCACCUUUUUCGUCCGCUUAGUAACGUAGGGGAAGUUUCGAUUCACUACUACUCCCCGUGGACUGUCCGCGGCGAUGACGACUGUUCACUCGUGGCUCAUGUCGAGGUGGACGAUGAGGAGAAGGAGUUCACGUUGGGCGUCUGCGGCGCUACAGAGCGCGUUGUGGGUACCUUCCUGCAGUACUUUGCGAGUGGGCAAACGAUGCACCCCAUUGGGACGCAGGAGGUGCGGAGGUUCUGCAUGUGCCCCUGGCAUCGGCGAGCAGUUCUUCUGGCUUCUUUGGACGAUCGAAUUACCUCGUGUGUUCAGCUUCCAUCGGCGGAGUCCUGUCGUCUGAGGAAUGAGAGUGUAAGAGGCAAUGACGAAGCAGCGCAACGAGCACAGCCUUCGGAGUCUGAACCCGCCAUGAGCGAUGUGGACGUGUGGCGUGUUGUAGUGGAGCACAAGGGUCGGGGAUUUGUGCGCUUUUACGCCGUGGAGCGGCGCAAAGGCGCAUGCUACUGUGACGCCCCUUUAUCUCAGCUCAACUGA